AUGGGCCAUCAUCGUUCCCGUUCCCAAUCUCAUUCAACUUCCGACCGCCACCAGAACUCACCAAUCAACCAUCUAACUUGUAUUCUCCUAACCCUCAUUUCCACCUUGUUCCUGUUCUUGGUAAUCCUGUAUAACGUCCCCUUCUCAUCUAGCGAUACGGGUGGAUUGGGAGAUAGAUUAUGGUUGGUACAGUUGACUAGCAGAGGGACGGAAUAUGGUUUCGGUGUAUGGGGCUGGUGUGAGUGGUCUACCAAUAAAGGUGCCACGGGAGGAAGUUGUGUGAAGAAAUCGUUUUGGGAGAUCCCUGAAGAUGCUGGAGGAGAUUCUGUAUCAUCGCUUAAUUUACCUUCGGAGAUAUCACAAUCAUUAUCUAUAUCAGCGUUCUUCCUUGUAUUCGUAUUAAUCAUCUCCACCUCCUUCCUAUUCAAUCUCCUCAUUGCACUCCACUUCCACUCUCCUUCCCAGCCAUCAGCGAACCACAAGAUAUACUGGCUUCCUCCCCGUAAGAUGGAAUUUCGUACGUGGGUAGCAUACAACCUACGUAAUUUAUGGUUGAGACUUCUAACUAUCAUUUUCAUCUCCGCUUGGGGAUUACCGGUAUUGAUCAUUGGUGGGAUCGGGAUGGAGAAGAUCAAGGGCGAUGAUGAUGGGAGAGUCGAAGCAAAGCUAGGAAGCGGUUGGACCAUGUCAUUAGUGGCUAUAAUCACUCUUGUACUCGUACAGAUUAGUAUUCCAUUGGGAGGACUGUGGAAUGAUUCGAGACGAUCUGGGAAGAAGCAUUGA